AUGUCCCUAAUGCCAGACCUCCUCGCCGAGGUACCUGAGUGGCUGCUCCACCCCAGUGGCCCGUCGAUCAUACCAGCGUUGCAAAGUGGACCCGCGGAAUUGCCUCCGGCUGCAUGGGCUGAAUGCGUCAAGGAACUCCCCUGGCCAUGCGUGAGGUGGGGUGUUAAUAUCUACUCCGAGCUCAUCAAAAGGAUUCAACACAUGCCGGCUAUGAGAGAGCCUGUUUUGCGACCUGGCAUUACCUGGACUGGUGAAGACCUGAACCGCUUCCUCGAGCGAGACCUUGAGCACGUCGAAGCCAUCUACAUUUUCACAGUUGGGCAAGUGGCUCAAAAUAAAUGCCAGCUCUGCGAAAGAGGAGGGGGUAUGUUUCCUUUCUGCGUGGUUGUAGGCUCUAUUGGGUGUGCGAGUUGUUAUGUGACUGGUAUUCCGUGCUCGAAAGACUCCCUUUUCCCCACUGUCGCCACUGACUUCCCCACUGUCACCACUGCCAACCGAACGAUCCUACGGCCUAUCGCACGUCAGCUCGAGACAGCACGUCAACUCGAGACAGCACGUCAACUCGAGACAGCACGUCAACUCGAGACAGCACGUCAACUCGAGACAGCACGUCAACUCGAGACAGCACGUCAACUCGAGACAGCACGUCAACUCGAGACAGCACGUCAACUCGAGACAGCACGUCAACUCGAGACAGCACGUCAACUCGAGACAGCACGUCAACUCGAGACAAACCGCCAAACCAUGACAAACAUGCGACAUGCUCAAGCUACGCUCAUCACCCAGAUAGCUUCAAUCCAAUCGGCAUAUCGACCAGUGUGCGAGCACCUCAACCGCCGGCUCCUACCCUUCGAUGCGGAUGUCAGAGCCCUAGAAGAGUCCAUCGAUGGUCGACACGGGUCUCGAUCCCUCGCCGAAAGUCUCGCUGCCUUCAACACUGAGAUGGAGAAGGUGCUUGACGCGUUUGCUGCCCUGCCCAGUUUUCCUGAGUCUGAACGCUGGUAA